AUGCCUGAUCUCAGUGAUGACGACUUGCGAGCACUAAUUGAAGCCCUGGCUAUAGAACCUCCGCGAGCUGCCCCUCCCCUGUACGGAGAAAACACUAAGCAACGAAUUCAGGAAGCUAUCAGGAAACUCCCCUCGACGCUUCGCAAGAAGACACUGAUCUUCUCCCCGUCAGCCCCCGUCCCCACUGCAACCCUAUGCACCAUCCACAAGCGCCUGAAUCACGAUAUAAUCGGCCAUAUCUUCAGGCUGAUCCAAAGGGAGGUGGAAGACCAUCUGGAGAUUAUCACCCAACGGUACCCCGGAUACCCGGAGAGCCUGCCGCCCAGGGCUUUGGAGUUAGUACGCGAUUUGCAAUCGCUUCGGGGAAUGUGGAGGAAUCUCGGCGCCAGUCGCCGUGACCCCCCAUUCCAGCAAAACCAAUGUGAAGCGUGUAUGGUCUCCAGAGUUAUUGCGGACCAAAAUGCCCUUCGAAACCUUCGUGCAGCACUCCUUAGCCGAACACGAGAACGGUGCUCAUAUCGACCUCCCCCAAAGCUGUCCCGCUUCGUUGAAGCAGCACUAUAUAACCGACAUGGCGAAUUAAUACAGUCGCUUAUACCAGAAAGCAAGGAGCUCUCCGCGGAAUUGAAGCGAGCCCGAAAGGACGCGGCUCGUCGCAAAUCACGCCGGCACUCACGGAGAUGUGAUGGCACCAAAUGUGAGCCUCGUGAGGCAUCACAACUUGUAUUUGACCACCAGCUUCUUCAUACACCCUCCGAUGAAUCACCCAGUAAACUAACCCCUAGUCUCAAUACUAAACGCCGGCCAAGCUCUCAAACCGUUAACUUCUGCCUAGUCCCAGAGACGAUACCCUAUACCGUACCAUCGUUCGAACUAGCAAGGAAAUACCAGGAAGAGCAAGAAUUCGAGGAACAGCGCAAACUACAGGAAUUACAGGAGGCACUCGUCUACGAGAUCAUCAAUGCCUACCUUGGCUCUCGGACUUCAAGCAUAGCAACCACAACCGCCCUUACUCUGAACAGUCGAACUUCUUCGUGCAUUUCUCCGACAUCCAAAGCCAGAACUGACCUACCAAGUCGCACCCGAAGUGACUCCCUCAUUCCAGAGCUGUCCGACUGGGAGGAUGACUGGGAUGAAAGGCCCAUUACUAUCCAACCCGGUAGCCCCGCCGUCAGCCAGCUGAUGAACCAAAUUGGAAAUAUGGUUGUCAGGAGUGAAGGCUGGGCUGAGCCUGAGCCUCCUUCAUUCCGAAGGGCAAUCGAGAUAGUCACGCCGCCCAGCCUAAAUCAGUCGACAGCAAGUGAGUAUUCAGAGAGGGAAGCAGACCGCAGCGGUUGGUAUCCCUCAGAUGAAGAGAGCGACGCAGAGACCAUUAUUGAUCUACGAAAAGGAUCUGAAGCAACGACAUGGAGCAUGUUCACGGAUGAGACAGAUCUAUCAGGCAUAUAG